AUGAGUGAGAGUACAGCGAAAUUAAAUGCAGAUAAACACGUGGAGUAUAUCGUGAACCUGGGGAGAGCGGAGAAUACACUAUCGUAUCACCUGACAGAGCACCUCCGUUUGAAUGGAAUUUACUGGGCUAUAACAUCAUUAUCUUUACUUGGUAGAAUAGACGCGUUGGAUAGAAGCGCGGUGAUUGAAUACGUUGGAAAUUGCUGGAAUUCAAGCAAUGGCGGCUUUAGCAGCCAUCCCAACCACGAUACACAUAUACUGUCCACUUUAUCUGGGAUACAGAUCUUAAUUACCUUGGAUGCCGUUGAGGAGGCUAAAAUAGACACUAGCAAGGUCGUCGAUUACAUACUCCAGUUAAGACCAUCCAAUCAAGGCUUUUUCACCGGAGACGAGUGGGGUGAAUCUGAUACUAGAUUUACAUACUGCGCUAUCAGCACUUUGAGUUUGUUGGGCGCACUAGACAGACUAGAUCAAGUAGAAUCGGGCACUUCAAUUAAACAAAAGAUAGUUAGUUGGUUCACUCAAUGCAUAAACUUCGAUGGCGGUUUCGGUAACAACAUUGGCGCUGAAACUCACUCUGGCCAAGUAUUUACCGCUGUCGCCGCACUAGCCAUUAUAGACAGACUUGAUAUCAUACACACAGACAACCUCAGCUGGUGGCUGUCGGAAAGACAAGUCCAGAAUGGUGGCCUCAAUGGCCGUCCACAGAAGCAGGAAGAUGUUUGCUACUCGUGGUGGGUGCUCUCUGCUCUCAGUAUCCUUCACAGACUUCACUGGAUAAACAAAGACAAGCUAAUUUCAUUCAUACUCAGCGCACAGGAUCCAGAUUGCGGUGGUAUAGCAGAUAGACCCGGUGAUGUGUCUGACGUGUUCCAUACCCUAUUCGGUGUAGCAGGCCUUUCAAUGCUCGGAUACCCCGAAAUCGAACGCGUUGAUCCAGUAUACUGUAUGCCGGUAAAGACGAUUGAGCGCUUAGGCCUGAAGAAAUCCUACACUCUGUUGUGA